GUUUUGAUGAUUCUCGGUAUCUGUCAUCAUGUUUGAAGGUCGACAAUCCUCGUUUCGAGGUGAAAAAAUAGAACAUCGUUGGCAGCUGCGCUUCCAGCAGCUACUCCAUAUCUACAACCAGCUUAGACUGACACUGAUGACACCAAAUUACUUUUUCUCGGGAUAUGUAUGAAGGUGUCCAAACGCAGUCUCCUGCCAUUCCAUUUUUGGAUCUUGGCAUCUUCAUAUAUCAUGUUGUUCUGCACUGGUGCUACUCCCGCAUCUGUCGUAUGUCAUCGCACCACCCGCAAGCUGUAUAUGUAUGGCAGCAGAAUAAUCCCUAGAGAGCCCGAAGUAUACAGGAAGCUGAGAAAAGCACAGGUCAUAGACCACAUUCAAUCAAGCUGGUCAAGCAUUAUCAAUGACUGCUUCUUAACAAUUGGUAUGCCUCUUCAACGGAGUUCCAUUUGAUGCCUACUUCCCCCAUUUCGCGGUAAUGAUAAACAUGUGGAUAGUGUAAUCAUGUUUUACGGAUCCAUCCGACGCCGAUACGGUACGAGAAAGAA